AUGCCGCCUUCAUCCCCCCCUCUCUCAGGCCACCGGCAAGAGUCCUUUACGCAAAUGGGCCCAGAGCACGAUCUGGACGCAAUCGGCAAGCACUGCCAGUUCGAGUACUGCCGGCAACUCGAUUUCCUUCCGUUCCGGUGUGAAUCAUGCAAGAACACCUUCUGCCUCGACCACCGCACCGAGACCGCGCACAAGUGCCCUAAAGAAGGAGAAUGGGCGGCCGCACGGAGAAGAAAAGAAGGCGGCGCGACGAGGAACAAUAGCAUGCUCUCGCCCAACACAAAACCAACAAUCUAUAAUACCACGCAAUGUUCGCAUCCGCAGUGCAAGACGUUGAUUCACACCUUGCAGAACCCCGGUGUGCACUGCAAGAAUUGCAAUAGGCAGUAUUGCCUGUCGCAUCGAUUGCAAGAAGACCACGACUGCUCAAAGUUAAUACCGCUCGGCGCAAGACCCGCAGGCGGGAAACUAGCUUCCGUAUCGCAAACCAACGUGGAUAAGGCCCGAUCGGCAUUCUCCAAACUGCGCGCGUGGGGCAAGGACAAGUCAUCCAACGUCGCGGCGAAUCUGGCGCCCAAGCCCAAACCGCCCAGCAGCGCGGCGGCGAGGACCGCAAACCUCAAUGCGCUGAAGAGAUCUGCAAAAGGUGAUUCGAAAAUCGAUGUGUCGAAGCGGUUCUACCUCCAUGUGGAAGCGUCAGCGGAUACCACCAAGUCGAAAUAUCCUUCUGGGGAUUUCUAUUUUGAUGCGGGGUGGAGUGUGGGCCGGUUGUUGGACGAUGCGGCGAAGAGGUUGCAAGUUCAGAAUGGGAGGAUGAACGGUUGA